AGGUAAUACGAAGGAAGGCGACUACACUUCCGCGCUGUCUCUUCUCUCCUCCGCCUCCUCCCCGCACCCGCACCACCAGCAACUUUCAGCAUCACCACCUUUUUUUUUCUCUGUCUCGUCCACAAUCUGCACAAGAACUCGCUUUAGCCUCAACAUGGACACCGACAACCCCUCCACCGGCACCAGAAACAUCAUCCGCAAUCCGCGCCGUCUUCUCAUCCUUUCGCCCAGCUCGCAUUCCACGACCAUCGUCCCCCCUCUCCUCCACACUCUCACCGGCGCACCUGUCACCGAGCCACCAUCUACAGCUACAACAACUACAACAGCCCCUACAACAGCCCUCUCCUCAACGACAACCCUCGUAGCCUCCUCCGCCGCGUCAACUGCCACCGUAACCUCAUCAACAGCCUCCCCAACGACGACGACGAUCCCCACCACCAGUUUCGCCGGCUACACCACCCACCCGCCUCUUCCCAUCAAGAACCGCUACUACACGGCCGACAUCCCCAUCUGGGUUGACGAGAUUCCCCUCUCAGCAACAUCGGAAACCACCACCCCGCUGCUCCCCCCCUCCCCCACACAAUGGAAGACCGAAUUCUCCGGCCCGGACGCCCAAGUCGUCCGCGACGCCAUCGGCGCCGUGAUGAUCUGCGUCCGCAAUCCGGUGGACUACCAACAUCAUCACCACCCCCAUGACGCUUCAUCAUUUCUGCAGAGUCCAGCAUCAACUCCGGGGCCUACGGUUCCCAUCACCAACAGAGAGCCAGAGCCGGCAGAAGAUCGGGCGGAUGUUCGCGAAUUGAAGGAGUUCAUCCACGCUAUUGGGGAAGUGCGGGGCUUGAUUGAGGAGGAGAGAGGGGGCAUGGGGGCUGGGGAGGUUCCUGGGUUGUUGCUUCUAGUGGAUGCUUCGUCCUCUCCUGCUGGUGCUGGCGCGGGCGCUGCCAAGGGGAAGGUGAAGGGAAGUGGUGGUGAUGCGAAUGGGCUCGAUGGUCUGGAUGAUCAUGAUAAUCUUGAUGUUGAAAUCGAUGAGCCGUUCUCUGUGGGGUGGUGGGAGGAUCAAUUGUGUGAGAUGGGGUUGAUGGGGUGGGAGGUUGUGCGGUGGUGUCCCAAGGGGAAUGCGGCGGGUGAGGAUGAUGAGGAGGAUGAGGGGAGGAAUCGAUAUGGAGGUUUGUUGUUUCCUUCUUGCCCUUUUUACUCUGCGGGAGUCGGUGGUUCUGAACCAGGACUGACUAUUUGUUUCUCUCGGGUUAGAACUGCAAGGUAUGCGGCGGGUUAAGGAAGUGCUGGAAACGCAUGAUUGGAGUGCAGCGGAGGAGACCGCGGGUGUGGAGAUGGGAUUCGGCAAUGAUGACGACGACGACCUAGAAAGACGGCUCUUGGGGCUCGACGACGAGGAUGCUGACGGGACGGAGGCUGGGUUCAAUUUCGAAGUGAAUGAGUUGGAGCGCGAGAUGGUCGGUCUGCGCAUGGCGAUCGAGCGCGGAAGCGACGAUUACUUUGUCGAGGAGGAUGAGGCGGACGAGGAGCUGCGGGUGGAUGCGGUGGAGGCGCUGCUGCUGCGGAUGCGAGCUAUCAAAGGUACGUAGUCUUCUUUUUUUCUUGUUGCUGUGCCAUUCCUGGCUAACCGGAUCAUCAGAUAUGAGCGACGGGUUACCCAAAACGGAACGGAAGCGAUUCGCUGCAAAAGCGGUCCGCGAUAUCAUGAAGGAGUUAUAGCAUAGCACAUAUACCAU